UUCUUUUCUUGAUUACCUUCCUCUCCUAGAUCACAGGAAGAACGUACGAAGAACAAGGAGCGAAACUAAUAUCAAUCAAUUAGUUUCUCAUUCGUUGUUUCUGUGUUCUAAUUAAAUUAAUUCACGAAACUUAAUUAAGGCAGGUGACAAACACAUUGAGGUGCGGUGGAGUUUUACCUUCAUAUGCAUGUAUAUAUAGAAUUCUUUAAGAGAAGACUGCUGCAGAGCUACCUAUAAAUCUGGCUGGCAAGAAGCCAUGGCUCAAGCCCCUUCUGCUCCUCCAAUGCCUCCAGCGAUGGGCGGUUCCCAUCAUGGUUCUCAUCAUGGGGUGCAUCAUGCUGCUCCUGCAAAGCCUCGAAAGGAUGCAGGUGUAGCGAAAGCUUUGUCAACGAAUAAUGUGGGUUUAAUCAAAGCAUGGGAAGAUAGCGAGAAGGCAAAAGUGGAAAACAAGGCAAAUAAAAAGUUAUCUAAUGUUGGAACGUGGGAGCGCAGCAAGCAAGCAUGUAUUGAAGCGCAGCAAAGGAAGUAUGAGGAGAAACUAGAAAAGAAGAAGGCAUUGUACUUUGAGAAGAUGCAAAACAAAAUAGCUGAACUCCAUAAGGAAGCAGAAGAGAAGAGGAUGAUGGUUGAAGUUGCAAAAAAUGAAGAACGUCAAAAGGUAGAGGAGAUGGCUGAGAAAUACCGUGCAGCUGGGCAUACACCAAAGAAUAAGAUGUUACCAUGUUUUCAUUCUUGAAAAUUUUAGAGUUAUAAAAUCAAUUUUCUUCAGUCACUAGUGCAUUUGUAGUACAGAACAUUUUGUAAUGCUGGAGUUUGCAUGUUGCUAUACAUAAUUAAU